CGCGCAUGCGCAGUGCAGGGCCGUGGGGGGACGCUGGCUUGGGGAGUGACAGUCUCUACUCUGUGGAUGUAGAUGAUAAAAUGAAAUGUGGAUGAUACUAUGAGGCGAGAUGGCGUACCAGGAAGGCGAGACGCUCGAAUCGUGGCUUAACAAAGCCACUCACCCAACUAACAGGCAGGAGGACUGGGAGUACAUCAUCGGCUUCUGUGACCAGAUCAACAAGGAACUGGAAGGUCCGCAGAUCGCUGUACAGCUUCUUGUUCACAAAAUCCACUCACCUCAGGAAUGGGAGGCUCUCCAGGCAUUAACUGUGAGUGAUCACUCAGCAUACACACACACACACACACACACACACACACGCUUACACAGAGCUCUGGUCGGACGUGUUCUUUAUCUCCUGCAGGUGUUGGAGGCCUGCAUGAAGAACUGUGGGAGACGGUUUCACAACGAAGUGGCCAAAUACAGGUUUUUAAAUGAGCUCAUCAAAGUGGUCUCCCCCAAGUACAUGGGAGAAGGCGUCUCUGAGAGAGUGAAGACUAAGAUUAUUGAAAUGCUGUACAGCUGGACUGUAGCGUUCCCUAACGAGGCCAAAAUAAGUGAAGCGUACCAAACACUGAGGAGACAAGGACUCAUCUCAUCAGACCCCGAGCUGACGGCUGAUAAAACUCUGAUCCCGUCUCCACCUUCUCGCCCCAAAAACCCAGUGUUCGACAACGAGGACAUGGGCAAGUUGUUGGCGGAGCUGCUCCGGAGUAAGAACCCUGAGGAUCUGCAGGAGGCCAACAGGCUGAUCAAGAACAUGGUGAAGGAGGACGAUGCUCGGGUUCAGAAAAUGACCAAACGCAUGCACACGCUGGAGGAGGUAAACAAUAAUGUCAAGCUAUUGAGUGAAAUGCUGAGUCAUUACGACCGAGACAGGUCAUCAGACGCAGACCGUGACCUCAUCAAGGAGCUGUAUGAGCGCUGCGACAAACUGAGACGCACGGCAUUCAAACUGGCCACGGAGACAGAGGACCACGACACUAGUUUAGGUGAAAUUCUUCAGGCCAGUGAUGAGCUGGAGAGAGUUAUAAGCCUGUAUAAGAAGGUUGUAAAGGGCGAGACAGAUGGAGGAGACACUGAGGAACAGAAACCAGCACUCGGGAAAGGUUGUGAGACAGACACACUCAUUGAUCUCGGUGGUCUGGAUGAACCCCCUGCUCCCCAGACAGCUCCGCCCGUUCAAGUCUCCAGAGCACCUUUGACCAAUCAGACUGCCUGCAGCAUUCCGGUGAUCCCGCCCCCUCCCCGCCGAUUGGCUGGAGGAUCUGCCAGUCAGACCAGCAGCCCGAUUCACAAAGCCUCAGAGCCAUCACCAGCCCACUCUCUGCUCGACGAUGAGCUGCUGUCCCUAGGGUUGAAUGAACCUCCUCCGGUACAGAGCAGACCAAAACUGGAGGACGUGUCCAACCAGUGGACGUCUUUACAGGCUCCGGCUCCUCCUGGACUCGACCUGUUCUCUGGUGGAGCAGCAGCACCAGGCACCAUGUUUCCUCCUACACACACCUCAGGACACCCCACACACCCCGCACACCCUGACAUGGUGACUCAGGGGCUGCAGGAUCUCACCAUGCUGAACCUGGGAGAUGUGAAGAGUGUCUCAGGUCAGCCCGUCAUGGCCGCAGGUGUUGGUUUGGGUUUCGCCGUGCCCUCCUCUCUCUCCUCCUCCAAUCCGUUUAUCAGCUCCACCAUGCCCGGCUCGCCCCUGCGCUCUCUACAGGGAACCCCUGCGCGCUCUGAGGCAUCCCUCAGCAACCUGCAUGUUCCCCUGGACUCCAUCAAAACCAGUAAGGCUCUUCCUGUGACUGCGUACGAUAAAGACGGAGUGCGUGUCCUCCUGCACUUUGGCACUGAGUGUCCUCCUGGGAGACCGGAUGUCCUCGUCAUGGUGGUGUCCAUGCUGAACACGGCUCCUCUCGCAGUGAAGAACAUCGAGCUACAGGCUGCAGUGCCGAAGUCUAUGAAGGUGAAGCUUCAGAGUCCAUCAGGAGCCGAGCUGGCGCCCUUUAACCCCGUCCUGCCCCCUUCCUCCAUCACACAGGUCAUGCUUCUCGCUAACCCGCUUAAGGAGAAGGUGCGUCUGCGCUAUAAGCUGAUGUUCCUCCUCGGUGAGAGACAGUACUGUGAAGUGGGUGAGCUGGAUCAGUUUCCUCCGCCAGAGAGAUGGGGAAACCUGUAGAGCUAACACACACACACACACACACACACUCUGAUGGUAAGGUCAGGUGACCGAGAUCUUAACUCUAAGAUCACUGUAAGAUCUGCCUCAGACAUCUGUAAGAAAACUCCCGGUUUAUUUAUUGCUUUGUUUGUAUUUUAUUAAAGCUGUAAAUGAUGAGUGUUAUCAAGGGUCCAAGUUAGCUUCUAGUCACUUUGAGCUACAGCGUUAUCGCUAAGACUGAGAUUCCACACUGCACACGUGGACUCCAAAUCAUCUGUGAAAAGGAAAUCACGGUUACUGCACUCUCUGUCUCUCUUUAUCCAUAUACAUGUGUGUGUUACACCACACAGACUGUGUAGUGCUCUACAUGUACUGUAAACACACACCCUUGUGCGCUGGACAUUUUGGUAUCUAUCAAAACCCACCUCUUGCCUCUGACUUUAAUGUGAACAUGUGUAAUAAUGAAGCUCCAUCGUCCACAGUGUCACUCAAUCAGGGACAGUCUGGGGCGGAGCGUCCAUCUUUGAGUUUUCUGGUUACGUGAGGAAAAAAUCGAUCUCAUCAGAUGUAUCAGAUGUGUUUUCAGCUGAACCCUGAGCUCACGCUAGCAAGCAACAGAGCGACAGGUGACAUUUCAUUUCCUGUGUGAGUUUAUGACUUCAUCCCAGCGACAGUAACAAGUGACACGACAGAGAAACGGAUUUUUUUUCUGUUUUAACUUAAAUUCAUUGUGGUUAUGAGGCUGUAAUGAAACAAAUCCUCAUACAAAUCUGAUGACGUUUUGUCCGAUGUUUCUCCUGUUCUCACAGUGUUUGGUGAUAAAAAUGGAGGAAAAAGUUUCUUUCUUUUAUUAGAAAGUGAUAACAUUAGUGUCAUGAGACGCCCACACGUGAUAGCAUUAACAGUCAUGACGUGUCCACAAGAGGCAACUCACCAGGAACCUGUCGCUUGCUAGCGUGAUCUCUGCCUCAGACACGAGCGAGUCAAAGUGCUGAGGCGAUUUUUUACGUUUUGUUGAACUCAGUUUAAUGUAAACAUGUUUAAUUUUAUAUGUGAUGUUUACUGAAUGUACGUGUUUUUAUUUAUUGAUGUCAUUGUGCAAUACAUGUGUGUUUAAUUUCUGUAUGUGUUUUUUUCCUCUUAGGACUGUGGUCCGGACUUGUUAUUACUAAUGUUAUUACUAAGACAUACAGGUUAUAACAUAGACACUAAAACUGUAAUAACAUAAUAACAUUUUGGGCCUUCACACACACAUACAGAGCGACCAUGUGUGUGUGUGUGUGUGUGUGUGUGUGUGUGUGUGUGUGUUGUGAGAGAAAGAGAAAGACGAUCUGCGUUCUGACUGUAUACAGUGUGUAUGGGUUUAAAACACAAGCCAUAAAAAUGUAAUUGUCCUGAUCACUGAGACUGAAGAUGUGAAUCUGAAAAUCUUGAGAAUCAAGACUGCCCCUGUGUGUGUGUGUGUGUGUGUGUGUGUGUGUGUGUUUGUGUCCUGUAUGUGCUUGUGCCAUGCAACAGUUUGUACAGUAUAUGGUUCGAACAUGUGAUCUGUCCAGCUGCAUGCAGAAAUAAAAUGUCUCUUUUAAAGCAAA